AUGAUACAACCCUCUGAAUCUGACGAUUCAACCACCAAAGAGCAAACCAAAGAAAGUGAGCUUUUUGAGUCUAUUCCUCCUUUACCUGUUGUUCCUUCUCAAUUUCGGGUAGCUGCCAACAGCAACAACAACAAUAAGGAAGAACCCAUUCAAUUGCCUCCUCAUGAUCCUAAUCAUCAUGACGAACAUGAAGACCCUUUACUCACGGCAGAAUUGAGCGAAUGGGAUCAUUCCAUUCAAUUUCCUUCAAUAGUAAUGUUUGAGGAUGAAUUAAUCAACACUCUUCAUGAUCGUAAUGAUCAUUAUGACCACUCUUUUGCUUCCAGUUCGGCUUCUAAUCAAGCAAGCAACACUUAUUUUGAAGACACUGGAAAGGACGAUCAAGACUUGCAGAAUAGCAGUGCUAUUAGUUUACUGGAAGAUGGUGAGAGACCUACAAAAGAGUGGUCUCCGUCCAGUUCAACUCCUCAACUUUUUUUUCCAACGAAGCAAAACGAUGAGUCAUUGAGUUUUGUAGUAACGGUGGACGAAACAAACAAAGAGUCUGUGCAAGAGAAUUCAAAUGAAGAAAAAGACAUUGAGGAAAAGAUUCAGUUAUCAUCCACAAAGCCUUCAUUGCAAAUAACGAUACAGACAUCAUAUGCCACAAAGAAUGGAGUGAAAGCAAUCAAGCCUUGUGCUUUCUCAAAUAAGAGAACAAUAAUGAGCGACAAAGACAAGUCUCCCUCCAACAUGACAAAGCCCUUCAGCAUAGAUUCGUUUGACUUGUUUAUAGUUGUAAAGGAGAGUUGUCAUGGAGAGAACAUCAUGGUUGAACUGGAUGGUCAAUUAGACCAAUACAAGAAACUCGAAUUGGAUCCAGUUGGAAAUCACUUGUUGCAAGUGGUGAAAGAAACUGCCAUUGAUGACCACACGAUUGAACUCUAUUGCAAAAUCACAACUUCCAACAAUUACGGUUGGAAAACAAAGCAUGCUCUUUACAAUUUAGUAGCUCUUUCCAAAAUUCCUAAUGUUUGCUCUGCUCUUUCAGAAGGUUUUAAGGUGACACAAAAUGUAAGUUGA